AUGAUAAAAGACAAAAAAUUCAUUAUAGAAAACAUUAAUAAUAAAGUUAUAAGUAAAGAUAAUAUGACAAAAAAAGGAAAAAAAAUAUGUGAACUAAAGGAGUUUCAAAAUAUAAAUGAAUUUAAUAACAGUGUGUUAAUAUCAAACAAUAAAUAUAUAUUAAGUGAUUUAAAAAAAAAUGAUAAUAUCAUACAAAAUAAUAAAAAUGUCCCGUCAAGUAAUUCAGCCGUAAAUUUUGUAAAGGAUAUAGGACAACAUGAUUUUAUAAACAUUAAUCAAGAUUAUACAAACAGUAAUGAUAACAAUAACAAUAAUAAUGAGGAAUAUACAAAUAAUUAUUAUCCUAAAAAUAUAGUAAAAAAUAAUAUGUUAGCUAGCCAAGAAACUAAUACAAAACACACACGUUGUAAUAUAAAACAUAUUGACGAUAUUGAAUUAAAUGAUAAAAUAAAAAAUUCUACAACUAUUAUAGAAAAUAAUAAUAAUAAUAACAAUAUUGUAAAUAUAAACAAUAUAAACAAUGUAGACAAUAUAAACAAUGUAAACAAUAUAAACAAUGUAAACGAUUUAAACAAUUUAAACAAUAUUAACAAUUUAAAUAAAAAAGAUUAUAAUCAUAUAAAUGAAAACUUUCAAGAAAAUAUAAAUAGUAAUUCUAAUUUAAAAAAAAAAAAAGGGACCUAUAUAAAAAAUUGUCAUGCGGAAAAUUAUAAUAGACCAUUAAAUGAUAAUAGUAAUAAUAUUUCAAAAGAUGAUAUAAAAGAAAAAAAAAAUAAUAAUAUAAAUUCAACGGUUAAUUAUGAUAAUACAAAUACAGAAGAGAAUAUAACGAGUGAUCAUUGUAAUAUAAAAGAUGAUACACGUUUAGAAAAAGAUAUGGAGGAAUAUAUAAAAAAAAAAAAUAUAUAUAUGUCCAAUUCUAAUAAGAUUAUUAAUGAAUUAUAUAAUAAUUUAAUAUAUGAUGAAUAUUCAGAAAAUAUAUUAUCAAAAAAAGGAGUGAAGGAAAAGGAUCAUAUCGAAUAUUAUGAAGAACAAAAUAUACAUAUGAAAGCAAACGAAGAAUCAACAAACAUAUCUAUUGAUAUUCCUCCAUGUUGUCAAAUAAUAUAUGACAAUGUUGAUGAUGCAACAAAUGAACAGUAUGAUAAUUCACAAAAAGAUACAUACAACUGGUAUAUGCAAAAAACAAACAACAAUAAAUUAUUAUAUCACAUAAAUAAAAAUUUAAUAUUUUUAAAAAGAAUACAACAAUAUUUUUAUCAAAAGUAUAUUAAUAUAAAAUUUUCAAAUGAUACUAAUGAUUAUUAUUAUAUUAUACAUCUUGAAUGGUUUAAUAAAUUAAAGAAAUUCAUUAACAAUGAAUCUAAUGAUUUCCCUGGUUCGAUUUCUAAUUGGGAAUUAUACGAAUAUACACAUGAUGAGAUUUUCAAAAAUUAUAAUAUAUCAGAAAGUAAUUAUGUUUUUUCUGAUGACAAAAAUAUGAAUGAUAAUAUAUAUUUAAAAAAACAAUGUUUAAAAAAAAACUUAAAAGAAGGAAAAGAUUAUAUAUGUACAAAUAAAUACAUGUGGAGAUUUCUACAAUUUUUAUAUAAUGGAGGACCAUGUAUAAAAAGAAUAUCUAAUAAUAUAUAUAAUACAUUUAUACCCAUAUCUUCUAAUGAUAUAAUGAAUAAUAAUAUUAUGUAUUUAUUAGAAUCAAGAUAUAUAAAAAAUUUAUUUUCCUUAUUUAAUUAUAUAGACCAUACAAAAUUUAUAUAUAAUGAACCCAAAGGAAAUGAACAUACAUUAUAUAAAAAUGAAUAUUAUAAUGAUAAUGAUAAAUAUACACAUGAUUACAUUUUAGAAGAAACCAAUGAAAAAAAAAUGUGUGCUCAUAAUUAUCAUGAACUUUUACAAUUUUAUAAUUUAAAAGAACAAGAAAAAAAUAUCAUCCUUUAUAUUGAAUAUGAUGAUAAACAUAUUAAUAAAGAAAUUCUAGAUGAAAUAAAAAAAAUAAAAAAUAAAAAUAGUAAUAAUAAACAAAAUAUUCUUAUUUCAAACGAUGAAAAUUUUUCUAGUGAUAGUAGUAAUAUGUAUAAUAUAAUUAAUGCUAAACAUAAUGAUAAGUUGAAUACACAAAAAUUGUUUUUAUUGGAAAAUGAUAAAAUAUGUGCUAAUUCGCAUAUCAGCUCAAAUAUGAAUCAAACUGAGUAUAUUUCAUUGGAUAAUUUUGAUGCUGAUUAUCUUUUAAAUAAUCCGCAUAAUUUGUCAAGGGGUUUUCCUAACAGUUAUAAAUUGGAUAUUAAUACGGAUAAUAAUGAAAAUGUGGAUAAUAAUGGAAAUGUAGACAGCAACGAAAAUGUAGACAGCAACGAAAAUGUAGACAGCAACGAAAAUGUAGACAACAACGAAAAUGUAGACAGCAACGAAAAUGUAGACAACAACGAAAAUAUGGACAGGAAUGAUAAUAUGUAUAAUAAUGAAAAUGUUGAUAAUAGUAAAAUGUUCAUAAAUUGUAAUAAAUCUCAACGAUCGAAUAUAAAAAAGAGUAACAGCACGAAUAGUACGAGAAGAAAUUAUAAUAGAAACAACAACAAUAAUAAUAACAAGAACAAUAAUAAUAAUAAUAAUAACAACAACAACAAUAAUAAUAAUAAUAAUAAUAAUAGUAGAAAUAAUAACAACAACAAUAACAAUAAUAACAAUAAUAAUAACAAUAAUAACAAUAAUAAUAACAACAAUAACAACAAUAACCAUAAUAAUAAUAAUAAGGAUGAUAACACAAGCGAUAAUAAUAAUAAUAAUAUAAAUAAAGAAGAAGAUAAGAAAAAUAAAACAACAAAUAAUAAAAAGAAGGAGAAUGAAAAAGAUGAUGAAAACAAAUGUAAGGGUAACUUGAAUGGAAGUGUAGAAAUAUAUGAACUUAAAAGAGAGUUUGAAGAAAAUAAUAAUAUUAUAUAUAAUGAUUCAUAUAAUAAUAGAAAUAUAAAUAAUGUUAUUGAUGAUUUAAAAAAGAAUGAAGAAGAUAUAAAUAAAAUUAAUGAUAGAAAUAUAUAUCUUAGUCCAAAUAUAAGUGCCAACGAAAUGAAUAUAAAUAAUUUUAAUAAAUCAUAUAAUUCAAGUAGUAAUAAAAAAAAUUCGAUCCCUUGUAAUUCUUCCAAUGGUAAUGAUAUAUAUAAAUCGUGUGAAGAAUAUAAUAAUGAUAAUGAAAAAAUUUCAAGUAAUGGUUAUCUAACAACUACUGAAAGUCAGUCCAAAGGAACUACGGAUGGUAAUACAGAGAGGGGUUCUAUUUAUGAAUACGAAAAUGAUAAUAAUAAUAAUAAUAAGAAUAAUAAUAAAAAUGAAAGUAAUAACAAUAGGAAUGAAAAGAAAAUAUAUUAUGAUAGUAUCGAAAAUUUAGAUGAUGUAGUAAAAAAGAGGAAACAUAUAAAAAACGCACAAAAUAAUACAACGAAUAAUAGAGUAUGUUCAUCGAAUUGUGGUGAACAACAGGUCACAGAAAAAAUAAAUAAUAUUUUAGAUAACACACACUUGAAUAAUAUACAAAAUAAAAAUCAUAAUCUAAAAAAUAAUAAUAGUAGUACUAUUCAAAACGGAUGUACUAUAAAAGGAAAUGAACAAAAUGUUAAGAAUACAAAUAAUAUAAAUGAAGAAGACAACAUUACCAAUUUGGAAAAUCAUAAAAAAGAUCAAAAGAAAAAAAAUCAUAUAAUGAAAAAAAAAUUAGAUGAUAUUGAUGUAAAACAAGGUGAUUUGAAAUCAAAUAAUCACGAAAAUAAAAAUGAUGUGGAAGAUAACAUGGAAAUGGAUGAAACAAACAAUAAUAGUAUGGAUCCACAACAAAGAUGUAACCUCAUUUCUGUCUUUAAUAAACAAAAGAACCAUAAAAAUAAUAUAUCUAAUAAUAAUAAUAAGAAAGAUGAUGACGAUGAUGAUCAGAGUGUUUAUUCUAGUAACAUCACAAAUACAAACAGUAGCAGCUUACAUAAUAGUUGUAGUAGUAGUAGCAGUGGUGGAAAUAAUAGUUUAUAUAACGAGAAUGAUAUUUCUAAAUAUAACAUUUUUAAUAAUAAUGAUAAUGAUAAUUUAAAAAACUUGUUAGUACCAAAUAAUAACAGUAAUAAUAAUAAUAAUAAUAAUAAUAUUAUUAUUAUUAAUAGUAAUAAUAAUAAUAAUAAUAAUAAUAAUAAUAAUAAUUUUAAAAGAGAUAAUGAAUCAUCCCUAAAUUAUCAUACUUCUAUUAUGACAAAAGAACAACCUGCUGGUAUUAUUAAUUACUCUACCACAUGUUAUAUCAAUGUAGUUAUGCAGUGUUUAUCAGUUUUUUUCAAACUAAUAUAUACAUUACAUAAUUAUGUAACUGUAAAAUAUAAAAAUGUUAAUAUGUCAAGUGAUGAAAAUGAAAAUAUGAAUUCAUCUUUUAUAAAUAAAAAUUUCUUUACCAAUAGUAUACCUUUCAAUAUUUUUGGAAGUAAUAAUAACAAUAAUAAAAAAAAGGAUGAAUGUCUGUUAUUAACAUUUUCUUUUAAAUUAUUUCAAUUAAGUAAAAUGCAUAAUAAAGGUAAAGUAUUAUGUGUUAAUAAAUUAUUAAAUCUUUUAAAUGAUAAAUAUUCUUACUUAUUUGAAUAUAACGAACAACAAGAUUGUCAUGAAUUUCUUCUUCUUGUAUUUGACUUUAUACACAAUAUGGUGAAAGUAAUUGAUGAGUCAGUUGAUAAAAAUAAUCAAAUAGAUUAUUAUUUAAAAAAAGAACAAUCUAUUAUAUCAGAUUUAUUUUUAGGUUUAAUAGAAGAAAAAAUUACAUGCUCACAAUGUGAAUAUGUUAAUUACAUAUAUCAACCAGUUUAUAACCUAAGUGUAAAUGUUUUUAAAAAAAAUCCAGAAAAUAACAUAAAUGAUAAUUUAAUAGAAUAUUUUAAAAAAGAAGAAGUCAAUUCUACUUGUGAAAAAUGUAAAUGUAAGAAAAUGUUUAAAUAUUCAUGUGUUUACAAACAACCAAAUAUUCUAAUUAUACAUUUAAUUAGAUUACAAGAAGAUGGAUCAAAAAUCGACAAGCCAAUAAAAUUUGAUAUGGCUGAUUUUACUAUUGAAAAUGUUCUCAAAAAAAAAGAUAAUCAAUUCAUUGAACCCAUCAAAAAAUAUAAUCUAUGUGGAGUAAUAGUGCACCGAGGGUUGAAUUCGAAUUGUGGUCAUUACAUUUGUUAUACGAAAAGGAAACAUUCGAAUGGUGUCAACGUGUGGUACAAAUUUGAUGAUAGCACGGUAACCUCUGUUGAUGUUGAAGAAGUUGAAUCGGCUAAAGCUUAUUGCCUUUUUUAUCAGAGUCAAUAA